CAGCCUCAGCCAAAGAAGGGUCGCUACUACAACAAUGCGCUUUCCGAGGAAGACAAGCGCGCCUUGGCCGUCGGGGAAGACAACCACAACCUGAAGAAGUGGACACUGAAGGAUUUGGCCCGUUACCAUGAGUCGCGAGUCGAGCUUGUUCCGUAUGGCAUUGAAAACCGGGACGAGGUGAUUGCCGGUAUGAUGUAUGAGAAACGGCGAAGCGAGCAGUAUCUCGCCAGGACGGAGAAAGAAAACGAACUAACUUACAAUGAGCAGACACGUCGACAGGCUUCCAAAUCUAUGGUCGACCUUCGUUCUGUUAGUGCGCCUGUCUCGAUGCUGUCGCCGCUGUCGCCAGUAGUCGCCGAACAGAAGCCAUUGCUCAGUCCGUACAGCAACCAUUCGGGCAUGCAUGCACGGCACGCUAGCACAGGCGACUACUUUUCGGCGCGCCAUAAUCGACAGCCUUCAUUGCAAUCCCGGCGCUCCUUUCUGUCAGCCGGCUAUCCUGAGCGCGUGCGAAGCCCCUUGGCAACGGAAGUUCGUCCAUACGAGUACUCGCCCGAGAUCACUUUCGACUCUUUCCUGGCGCCCCACGCUUCGGGGAAAGGCGAAGCAUAUCGUGGUGCGGAGAACGCAAAGAUGGCGGACGUGACCGGCGAUGCGUCCUCGAACAGCAUCAAGGCGCAAGGCUCACGAAAGAAGCGUCUGAGCAAGAUGCCGAGCCUG